AUGCAAUCACUCCAUUUUUCAUACAAGAAAUGCAGCAGAAGAUUACCCAUACCUUUCCUUGGCCUUGCGCUUUUGCUGCUCAUCUGCUUGGUCACCCCCACAAGUUGCUGCACAGAGCAGGAGAAGGCCUCUCUCCUGCAGUUCCUUGCUGGGCUGUCGAAUGAUGCCGGCCUAGCCAAGUCAUGGCAGGGAGGCACAGAUUGCUGCAAAUGGGAAGGCAUCACCUGCAACAGAAACAGGACAGUCAUUGAGGUCUCUCUGGCUUCUAGAGGCCUUGAAGGGCGCAUCACACCAUCUCUGAGCAACCUCGCUGGCCUUCAGCAUCUUAACUUGUCCUACAACUUGCUGUCUGGUGACCUGCCACUGGAAUUGUUAUCAUCAAGCAGCAUCAUUGCCCUCGAUGUCAGCUUUAACCAACUCAGCGGAGAGCUGCACGAGCUGCCAUCUUCAACCCCUGGCCAGCCUCUAAAGGUACUUAACAUCUCAAGUAACAUGUUUACAGGGAAGUUUACAUCCAUAACAUGGAAGGCGAUGGAGAAUCUGGUUGCACUCAAUGCCAGCAACAACAGCUUUACUGGGCAGAUACCAACACAAUUCUGUAACAUAUCUCCAUCUUUUGCUGUGCUUGAUCUAUCCUACAACCAAUUCAGUGGCACACUCCCCCCAGGGCUUGGUAACUGCUCCAUGCUGCGAGUGCUCAAGGCUGGCCACAACAACCUCAUUGGGACACUCCCUGAUGAACUCUUCAAUGCUACCUUGCUUGAGCACCUGUCUUUCCCUAACAACCAUUUGCAAGGAACACUUGAUGGUAAACGCAUAAUCAACAUCAGGUAUCUGUCUACACUUGAUCUUGGAGGCAACAACUUCAUUGGUGAUAUCCCAGAUUAUAUAGGUCAGCUCAAGGGAUUGGAGGAGCUCCAUUUGGACCACAACAACAUGUCAGGAGAGCUGCCAUCAUCACUGGGCAGCUGCACAAAUCUCACAACCAUCAACCUCAACAACAACAAUUUCAGUGGAGAACUCAACAAGGUCAAUUUCUCCAAUUUAUCCAAUCUAAAAACCUUAGAUCUUAUGCGGAACAGUUUCAGCGGCGAAAUUCCAGAAAGCAUAUACUCAUGCCACAAACUAACUGCACUGCGUCUAUCUUCAAACAGUUUCCAUGGCCAGUUAUCGAAGGGACUAAGCCAUCUGAAGUCACUCUCCUUCCUAUCACUUACUGGCAACAGUUUUACAAAUUUAACAAAUGCACUUCAGAUACUAAAGAGCUCCAAGAAUCUCACCACUCUUCUUAUUGGAAAUAAUUUCAUGCAUGAGACCAUACCUGACGAUGACAGCAUUGAUGGUUUUGUGAAUCUUCAGGUUCUUUCAAUAAGUGAAUGCUCAUUGUUGGGGAAAAUACCUCAUUGGUUAUCAAAGCUCAGAAAUUUGGAGAUGUUAUUUUUACAGAGCAAUCAACUAACUGGAACAAUACCUGACUGGAUAAGCAGCCUAAACUUCCUGUUCUAUGUUGAUAUAUCAAAUAACAAUUUGACUGGGGAAAUUCCUACAUCAUUAACAGAUAUGCCAAUGCUAAAAUCAGACAAGGCUGCUGCAAGUUUGGAUCCGAGAGUCUUUCAACUACCAAUUUAUGUAGAUACGUCACUUCAAUACCGGAAGGCCAAUGCUUUUCAAAAAGUGCUCAAUCUAGGAAACAAUAACUUCAUUGGUGUGAUCCCUCCAGAGAUAGAUCUAUUAAAAGAGCUCCUUUCACUAAAUUUGAGCUUCAACAAAUUAUAUGGAGAAAUCCCACAAUCAAUCUGCAACCUCACAAACUUGCUGGUGCUCGACUUAUCAAGCAAUCAUCUAACUGGCCGAAUCCCAACCAAGAUGAACAAUCUACAUUUCCUUUCUAAGUUUAACGUUUCUUCCAACGACCUGGAAGGGCCUGUGCCAACCACAGGCCAAUUUAGUACAUUCACAAAUGCUAGCUUUGAUGGCAACCCGAAGCUCUGUGGUCCUACACUUAUUCGCCAUUGCAAUUCAGCAGAAGCACAUUUCACCUCCAAGAAACAACAUAAGAAGAAGGUCAUAUUUGCGCUUGCAUUUGCUAUAUUUUUCAUAGCUAUUGCCAUCCUAUUCAUUCUUGUUUGUCUUCUUGCCUUGUCCCGGGGAACAAGUUCCAGGACCAAAAACAGGAGCACCGAUGAUAGUGACAUAGAAGUGCUAUCAUUCAACUCCAAUUCAGAGCAUUCAUUGGUGAUGAUGCCAGGAAGCAAGGGAGACGAAAAUAAGCUCACAUUCACGGAUAUUAUGAAGGCAAGAAAUAAAUUUGGGAAGGAGAACAUCAUUGGAUGUGGAGGCUAUGGACUAGUAUUCAAGGCCGAGCUACCCGAUGGAUCCAAGCUUGCAAUUAAGAAGCUUAAUGGCGAGAUGUGCCUUAUGGAAAGGGAGUUCACUGCAGAGGUUGAAGCACUAUCCAUGGCCCAGCAUGAAAAUCUUGUGCCACUGUGGGGUUAUUGCAUCCAUGGAAACUUGAGGUUCCUCAUAUAUUCUUUCUUGGAGAAUGGCAGUUUGGAUGAUUGGCUUCACAACAAAGAUGAUUAUCCUGGAACAUUUCUUGACUGGCCGGUGAGGCUCAAAAUUGCAAAAGGAGCUAGCCGUGGCCUUUCUUACAUUCAUGAUGUCUGCAAGCCGAACAUUGUCCAUCGUGACAUCAAAUCCAGCAACAUCCUACUUGACAAAGAAUUCAAAGCUUAUGUUGCAGAUUUUGGGCUGUCAAGACUGAUCCUUCCGAACAAAACUCAUGUCACGACCGAACUGGUUGGCACUCUUGGUUACAUUCCACCUGAGUAUGGCCAAGGGUGGGUAGCUACUCUAAGAGGUGAUAUAUACAGUUUUGGUGUUGUCCUCCUUGAGCUGCUUACAGGAAAACGGCCUGUUCCGGUCCUGUCCAGAUCAAAAGAACUUGUCCCAUGGGUGCUGGAGAUGAGGUCUCGUGGGAAGCAGAUUGAGGUCCUAGAUCCAGUGCUACGAGGCACAGAGCAAGAAGAGCAAAUGCUGAAGAUGCUUGAAGUUGCUUGUAAGUGUGUGAACCAUAACCCGUCUAUGAGGCCACGUAUCAUGGAAGUAGUCUCAUAUCUGGAAAGCAUUGAUGGUGGCCUGCAGACGCAAAAGUCAGUCUACAAAUAGUAACAUUGUAGUUCAGUUGCAUAUAGAGUUAUAGACAUAUAGCAGGUCUAUUUUCAGUUAAGUUACUAGUUUUGGCUUUAA